GAGAGAGUGAGGUAAAGCUUUGCAUGCUGCGCGGGGAUGACGAGAGCAGUGAUAUCAUGCACCUAAUGGGUAAGUGGCGCAAAAUCUUGCCCGCGACCCUUAUAUUCAAUUAGCGUUAAUCUGUUCGAGUGGAAUUACUCGAUUCAUACGCGGCGGUAUCGCGUCGAUUUGACAGGUGUACAAUAGGCUUACUGUUUUAUCGAUUUUCAUCGCCGAUUAAACGACCGAGGAAUCGCGUUUAUUUCGCGGGAACAAUUUCGUGGCUCGUUUGAUGUUUAUACGUUGCGAUUUCCGUCGAUGAUUGGUUUCUAACGAAUUCGAAGGUCAUCGUUUGGGAAUACUGCCAAGUAUUUUAGGUUAUGUUUAUUAUGUCACCGUAGUAGCUACGUUUUACGAUGGUUGGGUACAGUGACGAUACAGAGACGAGAAUUUUUAACUUGCUAAUGCCUCUCGAUUGAAUAAACAACGCAGGAUUUCUGUAAAGUUGAGAAAUGAUUCACGUAUAAAGUGUGCAACAAACCGGGAAAUAUGUAUGGUGCAGUGCGUGAAGAGGUCUCUGAAAGCUGGUUACACACGUACGAUUUGAGCAGUACAAUGAUUCCUAAUAUUAGUUCACCGAUGAAUGAUGAGGAGCACGUCUGCAAAAUGAUCUUGUAUAAAGAAAUCAAAGAUUCAAGAGUACGAAUAUGGGAUAUCGUCAUAUUGAUACCAAACCUCUUGUUUCUUUUAUUCAUCGCAGUGAGAUUUAAUAGAGCACGGCUUAAAUUGAGAGCAACGAGUAGUCCAAUAUUUUUUGCAUUUUAUGGACUUGUCAUUUGUAACAUAGUGAUUUCAGUAAUAAGAUGUAUCGUUUCAAUGACUGUAAAUGCAGCAGCUACCGUUGGUGGCAAAGCAGACAAAAUACUGUGGGUAACAGUGAGAUUUUUCCUGUUGUCCACAGAGAUGAGCGUGGUUAUAUUUGGUUUGGCUUUUGGACAUUUGGAUAGUCGCUCAAGUAUUCGUAGGGUAUUACUUGCCACAUCAUUGAUAGCAUUGGCUUUUACUAUAACCCAAGGAACCUUGGAACUAGUUUUACCAGACGAUACAUUCCAUAUCCCUAGUAGAGAUUUUUAUGUGUUUGGUCAUGGAGGAAUGAUGUUUUGGUUUUGCAGCAGUCUUGUUUUCACGAUGCAAGAAAAAGUUUUUACAUUUACGCUGGUACAUUAGCCAUGCUAGAUCUAGUACAAUCAGUUGGUGCAGGCUUUUUAAACUACACACAAAAUAUGGUAGGAUUAUGCGUCGUGGAUUUCACCGCGGCAGUUUAUUUGACACUUUUUACACCCUUGGUUUAUCAUACAUUCCUCUCUGAAUUCUUUGGGGUCUCACAACCUUCAAUAAUGUUCUCAUACAAGGCACAAGUAGACGAUGCAAUGGAUGAAGACACGGUGUCGCUGCCGCAUCAACAGAGUUUCUCCUCGUUAAAAACAGACAGCGAUUAUAUUUAUCAGGUCCACACUCCAUCUAUUCACAUGCCCUUGUAUGGUUCACAAGCGUUAAAGUCGUCCCCCUCAAAGCAUAAAUCCUCCUUACACUCCUUAACAUCGACCAAAGACUCGAAAAGUGGUAGCAGACACAUCUACGAUUCCCCGGUCGCUUUAUACCGAUCCACAUCCGGCAUCAAAAGUUUCUCAAGGCGCCUGAGCGCAGAGAAGAGCCCGCCCGACCUCAAGAAAUACCCCCUAACGAAAUCCGAUAAUUUUAUCGAUUCCAAAAACAGCUCGCUAGAUUUGAAGUUGACCCACCAUACCUGGAAGAGCAAAUCUGCAUCGCAGUUCAAGUACGGUGGGCCUAGUAGCGUUUCGAAUUUGCUUUUCUCGCCGAACACCGCUAGUAGCUUCUUGUACAAAUCCGGCGCAAACGAUAGUAAUACCAAUUUAUUCUCCUUGGCGAGAAAGGGUAGCUUGAUGCACGAGCGAAAGCGAUCGGAGGGAAAUGUGUCCAGCCAGUUUUUUGAAAUUCCACCGCUUGAGAACACGUUGCAAUCCAUUCUGGAUAGCAGUACCAACAGCUCCAAAGUGAAACGUAGCACAUCGAGUCGAGAGCCUUCGAGAAAAGACAACACGGCUACGCGAGACCCGCAGAAUAUAGAAAAGAAAGAAUCGAGUCAUUUGGUGCAGCACACUGACACUACAGUGUCUGAGCUUGAUGUUGAAGAUACAUCUGACUCGAUAGAUACUUCAACCGUCACGCAACAAUUGUUAUCGAAACCGGCUUCUUCAACGGGCGAAGAAGUGCACGAAAAACGAAAGAAGAAAGAUACAAAGAGAAAGGAGUCCGGUGGAUUGAGUGAUUAUUUAUUGUCUCUAACAAUGUCGAAAGAUGAAAAGGAAGAGAAAGAUACCGAAGUUGAUCCUAGUCCUUUUCCCUCCCGUCACAACCACAGUGUCUAUGACUCGACCCAGUUCGACACGAACUCAACACCGGUGAACCCACUGUACGCGGCGUCUCUGCAGAGUCCAGAUAGCAUAACCGGUUACAGUAUAGAUAGUCAAGAAGGCCAAGCCCAGGCGAACGGUUAUCAACAGUGAACAAAUUGAUCAUGUCUGACAUGACUCGACUCGCAUGUUAACGGUUACGAACAUGGAUCCAACGAUUCGUUCAACGAUCAGUUCAGUUUCAUUGAAAGUGAACUACUGCGUGAAAUCCAUUGAGAAACAAGAAAAAAGAAAGAAAGAAAGAACGUGUUCCAGCGUUCGAUUCUCCCUGAUUUUCGAAGAAGGAAAAAAUUAGAAAGAAAGAUCCCUUAACGAUUUCACUGAAAGAAUCUAGUCGCUGCGAACAAUUUCUAGGAGAGUGCAAACGUCGAUGAAACGUCUCUUCGAUUUUGUUUCUCUUUCUAUGUGAUAGCAACGAGAUAAUAAUCACGAUCCUGCGCUGUUUGAAAAAGGACAAAAUACUCCCUUGAAUCUCCCCCACCCCCCCGUACUCCAUUCCCGGAGAACAGAUAUUUCGUACUUAAUCGGUCACGGAGAAGAUUCGUUUUAUUAAGACACGUUUUAUUUAGGGGGGAAAGAAAAAAAGAAAACGCCGUUCAGACGAUGCACGAAAGGAAGGAUUUCAUUGCGUCGUCGUCGAAAUGAAGUGAUUAGCGAGCUGCUAAUUUCGCGAGACAGAUAUACUUCAUCGGUUUCGAAUUCGAUUUUCGACAACUUGCUUAUCGUUUCUCCGUCCUCUUUACCAAAGACAGGCCCAGGCCAGGUCUCUCUGACCUUCGCGAAAGAUCUGUGAGCACGAUCCGCGGCGAACGUCCCUCGCUAUUUUCCUAUUUUUGCAAUUAAGAAAGCAUUUUACGAAACGACGAGCAAGGACAAUAUAGGAGAACGCGGUUCCCGUCACGAGCGUGAAUCGGAACGCGAAGACAACCUAGAAUUUUUUAAAGGGAACUCCUCGACGCUCCGCUGAAACUAUUUACGGAAGACUCCAUCCAUCGUGUAAUAUGUAUAUAUACCCUGUACUCUAGUGUAAAAGGAUCGUGCUAUUUAUAUACUAAUAUAUUAUAUAUUAUAUAUAUA